UUUUUCCGUUUCCACGUAGCUUCAACGUGUGUGCGAGAAUUCUGUCUAGCUCCAGACAUUUUUUUCAGUCCUGAAUCUAACAUAUUGAAGCACUACCAGUUGGCCCAGAAGAUGGCAGAGAAUGGGUGUCAUCUCAUCCCAGAGGAAGUCCCUACCCCGCAGCAUCCACCCAGUACGGAGCCAAAUGCAGCGGAAGGGAGCAGUUCUGACCCCAGUGGCCUGUCUCCGUCUCAGAGAGAGGUUCUGGAGCGCUGUCUACAUGCUCUCACUCAUGCCAAGAAUGACAGCCACAUUUUAGCAGCACUUCUCCUGAUCACAAGGUUGUGUCCAGCAGGACAGCUGGAUACCGGGACUCUACAUCGGAUUUUUGAAGCGGUAGGUUUAAAUCUUCCCGCACGCCUUCUGGUUACAGCAUUUCGGGGUGACGACAGCUCCGGGUUGCCCCCAGAGGAGUUGAUCUCUCUGGGCACUGCUCUAUUGGCUGCUCUCAGCACAGACGCAAGCAUGGUUGCUCAUCCACAACUUCUCAGCACAGUCCCUCUGAUCCUGAGCAUACUGGAGAACGGACCCAACUGGACAGAUAAACAGACAAAAACACUUGGGAAUGAAGCCCAGAGCGGCUCUGGAUCUCAAACUGGAAGUGCUACAGAUUCCCAGACCACUUCUAGUACGUCUACCUUGGACGAGGCUUUGGCUUGUGACUGCUUGUUGAUCCUAAAUACUCUAGAAGUAGACUCCAACCCUUAUACAAAACACUCUGUAAGAGCUGUUGAGGUUAAUCAUUCUCACUUUUGA